GCGGCAGCCAUGUAGAUUAAUAAUGUGAAAAGCAAUAAUGUUGACUUUGAUAAGAAAAAGCCACGUAAUUUUUUUUAAAAAGUAGAUUAAAUUAGGAAUUAUACUACAACAACAAUAACUAGCCUUCACUGGCUAGUGCAAAAUACUAUUUUAACGAUACCAUUUUUACAACAGUUGCCUAAAUAAUUGUGGAGAUAAUAUAUUUAGUGAAAAACAUAAUUUUUAAUCCCUGCACUUUGUAUAUGAUUUGUUUUUGGUCCCUACACUUUAUUUUUGAGGUUUUAAGUCCCUACAAUUUUCUUCAUCUGCACUUUAAGUCCCUACACUUUUAGAGGGAUGCUAACAUGGCAUUAACAGUGUUAGUUAUGCUAAUGUGGAUAAUAAUAUUAUUAAUUAUAUGGUGAUGUGUCACUUAGUGGCUAAUGUAUAUUUUUUUUUAAAAAAAAGAAAAGCUUAUGUGUAUUUUUUUUAAUUAUUAUACAUAUAAAGGUAGGGUUCAAGGCUAUGAAAAAAAUGUCACGUGUCUAUUUUUAGGUUUGUUACAAUUCUAUGUUUUAAGGUGCUUUUUUUGCAAUUCUGUGCUCCAAAAUCAGGUUUGAAGUUAGGUUCAGGAUGAUUUAUUAUUUUUUAAUGUAUGUAAAAUAUAUUAUUCAGGUUUAGAGUUAGGACAAUAUUUUCUCACUUUUUGAUUAUUAGAAAAAAUACUCCCUCAAGUCUUAUUUAUAGGACAUAUUUAGAAGAAAUUUUUGGUUCAAGAUAUAAUAUAUUUAAUAAUAUAGUUAUAUCACUAUUUAAAGCCAAGGGUAAAAAUGAAAAUUCAUAUCAUUUUUUAUGAUAUAAAAAAACUAACUUUUUCUAAAAUGCAUGAAAUGAUUAAAAGUGUUUUAUAAUAAGAUCAAAAGGAGUCCACAUCAGCUUUUCUUUCUUUUUUCCUCACAAAAAAAUACACAUCAUCCACUAACUAACAUGUCACCAUAUAAUUAACGGUAUUAUUGUCCACAUCAAUAUAAUUAACACUGUUAGUGCCACGAUAUCACCCCCCUAAAAGUAUAGGGACCUAAAGUAUGGACUGAAAAAACUAUAGGAACUUAGAACACUGAAAAUAAAACAUAGGGACCAAAAGCAAAGCACAUGCAAAGUGUAGGAACUAAAAGUUAUGUUUUCCCUCCAUUUAGUGCCAAAUAUGUAAAUAUGGGGGAUAUAUAGUUAUUUUUGAAACAGUUAUAAAGAUCAAUUGUUUCCAUAAUGAAUUUAUCAUCAUAAAUAAAAAAAAUAAAAUGUAAUAUUUUAAUUAAUUUAAAUUAUCAAUUUUUUUCAUUAUUUUAAAAUUAAUUAUAUAUUGUAAUGACCUAAAUUUUUAAGUAAAAUUAAAAAUGUAUUUUGAUUGUAUUUUAUUAAUAUUCAGAGUAAAUGCAAGAAGAGCUAAAGAAGGAAGGGUGGUUUAAUGCAUCUAUCGUGGGUGUUUAAGUUCAAUUCUUGAGUUCAAAUCCUCUUAGCAAACAUAGAGGAAUUUUAUUUUUGCCUCAGACAUUGAAAAAUUAUAUUGUCCUAACAAAGCCCAUCAGAUUUCCCCCCUUUUUGUCUAUCAUUUUCCCUGAUCAGUUUGUGUGUCUUGGACCGUAGAGAAAGCCAGAGAAUUUGUGUCCUAUAAGCUUCGAACCCUCAAUCUUGCAAUCUCUAUCCUCUGCCUCAUCUCUGUUAUCUAGAAUAUUCUCUAAAUUCUUUUAUCAUUAUUGUAUAUAUAUCUCAGUCAUUAUUAGGAGAUAUUAUUUGAUAUUAUUAUGUAAUUUUUAAUCAUUAUUAGGUUGUCUUUUUCUUGAUGUAUAUAUUGUACCUUUCAACUCAAUAAUAGACAAGAUAUUUUCUCCAUAUUUCUCUUGCUCCUUUCAUGGCAUCAGAGCUGUAUUUUUUUUCCCGCUCCUUCUUCCAGUACUACAUCUCCAUCAUCUGCUUAUUUCAUCCUUGACACUGCCCUUGGCUGUUCUUUUUUCAUCUGCUCGUUUCAUCUAUUUUCUCUUCUUCCUCAUUGAAUUUUUAGAACUUCUCUUUCUGAUUAAGCCAAUCCAUGUGGACUCUUUUAUUUUGAGAUUCUUACUUCACCGUGAAAUUCUCGUUUAAUCACCGUCUCCUCUUGGUCUUUCUUAUUUAUUAUUUUUUUACCCCUUAUUCUUCAAUGGAAAAAUCUGAGUUUGCUCAAUCUAUUUCUAUUUUAUUGACUGGUCCUAACUAUCGCUUAUGGAUGGAAAGCAUGCGUGGUUUUUUGAAAAGCAAGAAACUUCGGCGAUAUAUUACUGGAGAUGUCUCAUUUCCUGUGGGAUCCUCUUUUGAAGAUGACUAAAAAUUUACUGAUCGAUUAGAUGAUUAGAAUAGUAAAAAUAAUCAAAUCAUAACAUGGUUUCAGAAUACUUCUACCGCUAGUAUUCAUCAACAGUUUGGGCGCUUUGAAACUGCUAAGGAGGUAUGGGAUCAUCUUGCUAGCCGGUAUACCUCUUCUAAUUUGUCCAAUCAAUACCAACUGUAGAAGGACUUGGCUGUUCUCAAAAUGGAGAAAGGUUAACCGUUGCUUGAGUUUCUUUCUAAAAUAAAGGCUAUUUGGGACCAACUAGCCUAUUCUGAGCCUACUUUUAAAAAUGAUGAGGAUGCUAAAGUUUUCUUCAAGUGGCAAGAUCCACUUCGUCUUAUACAAUUCUUGAUGGCUCUUACUGAUAAUUUUGAGCCUGUUCGUGCCUUUCUGCUCUACCAAAGCCUACUUUUGACCUUGAGGAUGCUCUUCCUCGUCUUUGUUCCGAGGAAACUCGUUUGGGUCUUCUCCAACGAUCCCCUGACAUGGCUUUCGUUGCUCCUAGAAGGAAUUCUAAACUUUAUUGUCGUUGGCCUCAAUCUACUCACACUUUUAAUCAGUGUCCAUAUAUUGAAUGCAGAACUUGCCAGAAGAAGGGACAUAUUGCUUCAAAUUAUCCUUCUUUGACUUGUCAUUAUUGUAAGAAGCCUGGCCAUUUUAUUGAUCAGUGCCCCACUCGACCUCCCAAACUUGAUCAAGGGAGGUUAUUCAAAUCUGGUUUCUCAUCAUCCAAGCCUGCUCUAUCUGUUACUGAUGAGCCACCUAUUGCUGCUGCUUCCACUUUGGGAUCCUCUACUAUUAAACUUGAGUCUUUACUCCGCAAGCUUAUCUCCAGCUCUUUCAAUCCAUCUGCUGCCUUAGCCAUACCUUCAGGUACACCUUCUUAGUAUUUUGAUUCUGCCUGUUGUAACCAUAUGACCAGUCAAAAAUACUUUUUCUCCUCCAUGUCACUUAAUACUAUUGCUCACCCUAUAUAUACUGCCGAUAACUCCCAAAUGCCUAUUAGUCACAUUGGUACUAUUUCCUUGCCCUCUCUGUCCAUUCAUGAUACUUAUUUGGUCCCUAACAUUAGUUUUAAUCUCCUAUCUAUCGAACAAUUAGUUGAUAUGGGCUAUGAUGUUUUAUUUAACAAAUGUGGUUGUGUUGUUUCUAAUUCUCAGACAAGACAGGUUAUCGGGAUUGGGCGUAAGGUUGGUCGAAUGUUUGAGCUUAAUUCCUUGCAUCUUCCUGAAGUUACUUCUUCUAGAUUGUGUGCUCCCUCCACUUCUACUUUGAAUUAUGGCAUUGUUGUCUGGCUCAUCCAUCUUUAACUGCUUUUCAUCUUUUACUUUCUACUAGUCUUUUAGGACAUAUUGAUGUUGAGACUUUACAUUGUAUCUCUUGUCAAAUUACUAAACAGCCUGCUUUAUCAUUUAAUAAAAAUGACUCUAUUGCUAAUGAGUCUUUUAAUUUAGUACAUUCUGAUGUUUAGGGCCCAGCACCCACUCCCUCUAUGGGAGGCUCACGAUAUUUUAUGACUUUUGUUAGUGAUUUCUCCCGUUAUACUUGGAUUUACAUGAUGAAAAGUCAAUCUGAGUUGCCUAAUAUCUAUAUUAAAUUUGCUACUAUGGUUCAUACUCAAUUUUCUAAAGUUAUAAAAAUUUUUCACCGUGAUAAUGCCUUAGAAUACCGGUAUUCUAAAUUGCUCAAAUUUCUUGAUGCUCAGGGUAUAAUCUCUCAAUACUCAUGCCCUUACACCUCUCAAUAAAAUGGCUGAGCUGAACAAAAACACCGUCAUAUUCUUGACUCAGUUUGAGCCCUCUUUAUUUCUUCUUCCUGUCUUGAACGCUACUGGGGGGAAGCUACUUUAACCGCUGUCUAUUGCAUAAAUAGAGUUCCUACCCCAGUUCUUAGUAAUAUUUCUCCUUUCAAGCACCUUCAUAGUAUUACUCUUGAUUAUAGUCUUUUAAAAGUGUUUGCCUAUGUCUGUUUUGUUCUCCUCCCUCCACAUGAAACUACUAAAUUGCAAGCUCAUGCCUAUGUUUGUUGUUUUCUUGGUUAUGACCCUGAGCAUAAGGGUUAUUAUUGCUGGGAUCCUAUAUCUCUUCACAUUCGAAUCUCUCGUCAUGUUGUUUUUUUAGGAACAUAUGAUGUUUUCAUCCUUAACUGAUUUCUCCUCCAUUUCUCCUCCUUCACCUUCUAUUUUCACAGAUCUUUCGCUUGAUCUUUUUCCAAGUGACAUUGAUGCAGAUUCCCCUGUAGAGCUCACUACCAAUGCUACGCCUGCUCCUGAUAUGCCUACUGUCAUGCCUCAAGAUGUUUUCACAGAAGCCACGUCUCCUGAGCCCGUAUUAUCCGAUGAUACUCGGCCCCACCAUAUAAGAAACCCGCCCUCUUACCUUAGUGAUUACCAUUAUUUUUCUAUUGUUCUCCAGUCACAGGAAGGCAAAUCCUUUAAGGAAGCUUCUUGUGAUCCCUUAUGGUAGCAAGCUAUAAAUGAAGAAUUACAGGCUUUGGAGAAAAUGCACACUUAAGAUCUUGUUGAUCUUCCUUCUGGUAAAACUCUUAUUGGUUGUCGAUGGGUAUACAAAAACAAGACUCAUUCUGAUGGCUCUUUAAAGCAAUGUAAGGCCCGCUUGGUGGCCCAAGGGUUUACACAAGAAUAUAGUGUUGAUUAUGAGGAGACUUUUGCACCUGUUGCACACAUGACUUCUGUUUGCAGUAUUCUAGCCAUUGCUGCUGUUAAGCACUGGUCCCUUCAUUAGAGAGAUGUUAAAAAUGCUUUUUUAAAUAGAGAUCUAGAGGAAGAAGUGUAUAUAAAGCCUCUACCUGGGUAUCAGCAUCCGAAAGAUAAGGUUUAUCGUCUUUGUCGAGCUUUAUAUGGGCUCAAGCAAGCUCCUCGUGCAUGGUUUGCUAAGUUUAGUAAUACUAUGAGUCAACUAGGCUUCACUUGUAGUCCUCACGACUCAGCUCUUUUUGUUCAAUCUACUGCUCGUGGUAUUGUUUUGUUGUUGUUGUAUGUUGAUGACAUGAUUAUCACAGGCAGUGAUGAUACAGGAGUCCACGAGCUUAAGAUAUACUUGGGGCAGCAAUUUGAAAUGAAGGAUCUUGGUAACUUGAACUAUUUUCUUGGACUUGAGGUCCAUCAUAGGAGAGAUGGUAUGUCUCUCUCUCAGGUCAAGUAUGCUAUUGAUUUAAUAUCUUAAGCUCAUCUUUCUGAUGAGGAGGUUGAAAAUACUCCUAUUGAGCUAAACGUUUACUAUACUUCUACUGAUAGCACCUUGUUGGAUAAUCCCACCCAUUACCACCAGUUGGUUGGGGGCCUUAUUUAUCUUACUGUGACCCACCAUGACAUUGCUUAUGCAGUCCACAUUAUUAGUCAGUUUAUGUCAGAGCCUCGAACUACUCAUUAUGUAGUAGUUCUUCAGAUCCUUCAGUACAUCAGAGGCACUCUAUAUCAUGGGCUUCAUUUCUCUGCUAGCUCCUCUCUUACACUAGGAGCUUACUCGGAUGCCGAUUAGGGUGGUAAUCGUGAUGAAAAGUUUGAGAAGUUGAAAAGUGAUGCGGAGACACCGUUGUAUGCUGGUUGUAGUGCAUCAAAGUUGUCAGCAGUGUUAAAAUUGUACAACAUACAGGCAAAACAUGGAUGGAGUGAUGCAAGCUUUACUGAGUUGCUUGGGUACUUGAAAGUAGAAUUACUUCCUAAGGAAAAUGAGCUUCCUUGUCGAAUAUAUGAUGCAAAACAAGUAUUGCGAUCAAUUGGCAUGAGUUAGGAAAAGAUACACUCGUGCCUUAAUGAUUGCCUUUUAUUUCGGAAUGAAUAUGCAUCGUUAACCGAGUGUCCGAAGUGUAAUGCCUCACGCUACAAGCAGAACGGAUCAAGUCCCGCGAAGGCACUAUGGUAUUUUCCAAUCGUGCCUAGAUUUAGACACAUGUAUAGCAGUGUAGAAAUUGCAAAAAACUUAACAUGACAUGUGGAUGAAAGGAUAAAAGAUGGCAUGCUUCGUCAUCCUGCUGAUUCUCCACAAUGGAGAAAGAUUGAUUAUGAGUACCUAAAUUUGGGGAAGAGAGUAGGAAUCUAUGCCUUGCAUUGUCUACCGACGGGAUAAAUCCUCAUGGGAUUCAAAGUAAUAGCCACAGCACUUGGCCAGUCAUUUUAGUGAUUUAUAACCUUCCUCCAUGGCUUUGCAUGAAGCGCAAGUAUAUGAUGUUGUCCAUGCUAAUUGCGGGACCCAAGCGACCUGGGAAUGACAUAGACAUAUAUUUGGCUCCUCUAAUUGAUGACUUGAAGAUCAUGUGGGAGUCAGGUAUAGAUGUAUAUGAUGGGUAUAGAGAAGAAAGAUUUAAUUUAAGAGCUAUGCUCUUCGGUACAAUUAAUGACUUUCCUGCUUAUGGCAAUUUGUCAGGGUAUAGCAUUAAAGGGCAACUCGGAUGCCCUAUUUAUGAAGAGGGAACACAUUCUAUAAGGCUUCAGCAUGGGAUGAAGAAUGUUUACCUCGGCCACUGUAAGUUUUUACACCAAGACCAUCAUUAUCGGCGGUUGAGAAAAGCGUUCAAUGGAAAUCCAGAAGAAGGUAAGACACGUUUGCCGUUAACUAGUGACGACUUGUUUGAGAAGAUUAAAGAUUUGGAUAUUGAAUUUGGCAAACCAUUUGCAAGGCACCUUGGGACAAUCGGAUGGAAGAAGAGAUCUAUUUUCUUUGAACUCCGUUAUUGGACCACCUUGGAUGUUCGGCAUUUUCUUGAUGUCAUGCAUAUUGAAAAAAAUGUCUGUGAGAGCCUUAUUGGGACUUUACUCUAAGUGUUAGGAAAAACAAAAGAUGGCAUAAAAGCAAGGUUGGACAUGGUCUCUUUAGGAAUAAGAGAAGAAUUAGCACCCUAAGAUAAGGAGAACCGUACCUUUCUCCCUCCGGCAGCUUAUACGCUAUCUAAGAAAGAGAAAACUACAUUUUAUGAGUUCUUUAAUGUAGUUAAAGUUCCUGAGGGUUACUCUUCAAACAUAAAAAAUAUUGUAUCAAUGAAAGAUUUGAAGUUGAAGGGCUUAAAGUCUCACGAUUGCCAUGUUUUAAUGGAGGAUUUCAUUCCAGUUGCUAUACGUGCAAUUUUACCCCCUAAAGUACGAGGGACGGUCACUAAGUUAUGUUUGUUUUUCAAGUCCAUUUACAGUAAAGUGAUUAACCCACAUAAGAUGCCAAGGUUGCAAGCUCGAAUUGUAUUAACACUAUGUGAGUUUGAAAUGUAUUUUCCACCGGCAUUCUUUGAUAUUAUGAUCCACCUAACUAUUCACUUGGUUAGGGAGGUUCAAAUGUGUGGGCCUGCUUAUUUAAGAUGGAUGUAUCCUAUUGAGCGCUAUAUGAAGAUUUUGAAAGGCUAUGUGAAAAAUCGAAGUCGACCGGAGGGUUGUAUUGUUGAACGGUAUAUUUGUGAAGAGGCUGUUGACUUUCGUACUGAAUACCUGAGUCAUAUUAGCUACGUUGGGCUUCCAAAGUCUCGAAGUAUGGGUAGAAUAAGUGGAGAGGGGAUCAUGGGAAACAAAGUCAUUACUAUGUCAAGUGUACAGUGGGAGCAAGCCCACUUAUAUGUGUUGCAUAACAAUGAAGAGAUUGAAGAGUAUGUAGAUAAGCAUAUGGUUGAACUUAGGAGGGACAAUCUCAAUAAAUCAGAAAUUUGGUAUGCUAGGGAACACAACAAAACUUUUACAAGAUGGUUUAAGGAGCACAUUCUUCAAAAGUUAAAUGUUAAUUCCAAUUCAGUUUCUAACAAAUUGAGAUGGUUAGCUAACGGUCCAAGCAGACAGGCCAUUUCUUACACUGCUUACCUUGUCAACAGAUACAUAUUUUAUACAAGGGAGUAAAAUGAUAGGAGCACAAUGUAAAAUAGUGGUGUAACUCUUGUAGCUCAUUCCAUGCAUAUUUCCAGCACUAAGGAUAAAAAUUCUAUCUAUGCAAACAUGUCAUAUUUUGGUGUAAUUGAGCAUAUAUGGGAUUUAGAUUACAUAUCCUUUCGAGUUCCAGUCUUUGGGUGCAAGUGGAUUGAUCGAAAAAAUGGCUUGAAAUUUGAUUACCAAUUUAGCUUUGUAUAAGUCAAUUUAAACAAGGAAGGGUAUAAGGAUGAGCCUUUUAUUUUAGUGCAACAAGCCAAACAAGUGUUUUAUGUCCCUAACCCUGCUAAUAAGGGGUGGUCUAUUCUUAUGUCACAUGAAAAAAUAAAUGAAAAUGUAGCAAUUGAAGAUGACCCAUUCGAAGGGACAUCAAAUCAAAGUAACGACACUGUUGAUGAAGCUCUAUACAUGAGAAAUGAUCACAAUGAAGGCAUUUGAAUUUCAAAGAGGGGUAAAUUAUUUCAGCAUAAGAAGAAAAUAUUUCAAGGAGGGGAAAGUAAAAAACCCAAGUCAAGGAAAUGAAAAAGAGCAACUUGAACAUGUAACCUUUGAAUUAAUUAUGCCAUUUUUGUUUCAUGUUUGAAUUAAUAUAGUCGAUUAUAUUUGAAUUAAUCAUGGUUGAUUAAUUUUUUGAAUUAAUCAUGGUUGAUUAAUUUUGAAAUUUUAUUGUGUUACAGGUAAAUGGCUUCAAAUUCUGAGUCCACUAAAAUCCCUCCAUCUGAUCCCACUACAACUUCUACUGAUGCUCCAUCGUCACAAAAAAAAUUGAAACAGGAAUAUUACAAUAUCCAGCAAGGCCUAACAAUAAUGGAAGAAGUCACAAAAACAAGAGCAGUAGGGAAAAAAAUAUCAGUACAGUGGAACAAGAAAGGCCAAGCCAUCAAAUCUGCAAAGUUUAUAAGUUAUUUUAGGGUUGUGACAAAGACAACUGUACCUAUCACGCAGAAAUCUUAGCGCAAAGUUGAUCAAGCCAUGAAGGACAUUGUUUGGGAGAUUUUAUCUAUAAGUUGCAUUUGACUAAGUUAUAUUUUAUUAUAAUAUUUUAAAUUGAUGCACCUAACAUAUUUAUUUUAUUUUACAGUCAGGAUUUGAAAUAGACGAGAGCAAGAAGGAUUUUGUCCUUCAAAAGGCUGGGAGGGCAUUACGAUCUUUCAGAUAUUUUAUUACACAAAAAUAUUUGAAAGACCCUGAUGCUGAAUUUGUAGCCUAAGUUCCUCCUUUAUUAUAGCCUUUAGUAAAGCAAGAAGAUUGGGAUGCUUUUGUUGUCUCUCGGCGCGAGAAGGAAUUUAAGGAACUGAGCGCCCAAAAUAAGAAGAGAGUGGCCAAGAAUGAAUACCUUUAUAGAGCAGGAAGGUUAGGGUAUGCAGGCGUGGAGCAGAAAGAAGUUGAGGCUGAGGGAUUGGAUGUUACCAUAUCCCUCCAAAGACUUUGGGCAUUGGCACGAACAAAUAAAGAUUGAGUGAUUGACAACCCUCGUGUGAAAGAGGUUGCUAAAAAAAUUGAUUCCCUCUCUCAAGAAGUAUCACAGGGCAAGCUUCUUGAGCAUGAGAAUAUCUUAGCUAGAGCAUUGGGGACCCCUGACCACCCUGGUCGUGUUAGGGGUGUUGGCUCCGGUGUCACAAAGAAGCAAUACUUUGGCAAGAUUAAGAAGCGAACAUCGACUUCUUCAUCCGAGGUCCAACAGUUGAGAGAAGAGCAAGCUGUUAUGAAGCAACAGCUAGAAGCCCAAGUGAAGUUAAUUGACAUGCUAUUGAAGGGCCAGAUCCCUGGGAGGCUUUUGGGUGACGUUAGCCCCAGUGGAAAAGAUAGCUGCACAGUCCCUUCAGACAAAAUACCCGAGGGCGAGAAUGACUGCAACUGUUUAGCAGACGAUCCGUCACGCAAAGUAGUUGCAACGGGACACAUGUAUAACAUUGCCGGGGAUACAAUCCAUAACCUUCCCCUCCUGCCCGAUUGCAUUAGGGUUUCCUUGCUUGUUGCAAUCGGGCAGGAGACGGUAGGAGAUGAGAUGCAGACGGUAGGAGAUGCGUUGGGGAGCUUCAUUGCAUGGCCCAGCCACCUUGUUAUGGUUGGUACACUAAAGCUGACAAAGGACCCAAAGCCGUCAAAGGACCCCUUGCCACCAAAGAAAAAGCCAAGGGGGAAAAGCAAAUUGAAGGGUAAGGUGUCGGGCCAUACUAAAGAGUCAGUCACGGUUUCACAACAUACAGUGCCUAUGCCUGUUGUAGAAAACAAAUUCCAUGACUCUCUUGAGACCUAUGCUUCGGCUAUGAGGAUGAUUUGUCAAGAGCCGAUAGGGGAUAUCAUUAAUUUUGACGAUGUGCUAUUUGGUAGAGCAUCAUUUGAAGUCGUUCGGGAUGAAAUUUUGAAUGAAAUCCUCAAGCAUGAUAUGGCGAGCACUAGUUUGAUGACUUCCUACAUGAGUCACCUUUAUACCUCAUUCGUGGUUCCUGGUAGCCUCGAGUUAAAGAUCAAGCUAGUUAAUCCUCACGAUGUCUCUCCCCACAAUAAUAUUACAAAGGAAGCCCUUGAAAAUCAAGCAAGAAUGCUUUCGGAUCAAUUUCAAGAAAGGGGAGCAGCGAAGGAUACUUUAUUUCUCGCUCCUUACUGCCAAAGGGGACACUGGAUGCUUAUUGUGGUUAAUCCUGUUGCUCCAAAAAUAUGGUAUCUCGAUCCCCUUAAUGGAAAGCCAAGCAACAGGAAAGAUAUGGUGGUACUUUUUAAUGAAGCUGUGGUGUUGUAUCGCACUGCGACCGACAUGACUAUGUCCCCUAAGAUGAGGGCAUUCGAAUCUUCAGAGAAAUGGGUCACUAUUAAGUGUCCAUUCUAGUUAGAUCAGAGCAAUGACUAUGGUUAUUGCUUGAUGAAGUUCAUGAAGGACAUUAUCACUCAUGCCCCUACCACAUUAUCUAACAAGUACUUCGAGGACGUUUAUUGCGUUCAUUAUACGACUGCACAUGUAGAAGAGGUCCUUGAAGAGGUGGCCCAAUGUGUUUUCAAUAUGUGGGUAGCAACAGUAGUUAGGCCGGUACAAUAGUUAGUUACAUUUAUAUACACAUUUUUGGGCCAAUUUUUAUGGGAUAGGCUACUUAAUUUUGAAACAUUAAUUUACAAAUAAGUUUAGAUUUUAAGGUUAAAUGUAUAGGAAUUUUUAUGUUAAUUAGAUAGGAGAUACUAUUACAAACAUUCAUUAUAUUGCAUUAUUUUCAUU